AUGGAUAAUAGCAAAGAUACAAAGGAAAAUCAUGACAUAACAGUAAUAAUGCAGGACUCAGUUGACAAAAGUACUGCAACAUCUUCACCCAAGAACAUUCCUUUGUCAAAUAAUCAAUCCGUAUUAAAUUCAAUUGAGAAGCGUGGUAAAGGGCUGCCAUUCAAAUCUAGAUUUGGUAGAUCGCCUCAUCGAUUGCAACAAUUACAGAAGGAAAAUCAUUCGGUUGACUCUUUGGAAAUAAAUACGGAAACCCUACAACAAUCACAAACAAGUAGGGAAGAAUAUGAUGAACUAGAGCGACGAUUUGCUGACGCAUUACUCAAAUAUGAACAGAUUAAAGUUGAUAAUCAAAGAUUGAGAGAGGAACUACAACUGAACCAAGAUGAACUUGAUUCGUUAAAGUCUCAUUUACAAUUAGUUGAGCAGAGUAUUGCUGACAUAGAAUCAGAAAAACAAGGAAUACAAGAGGCAUCGAUGAAGAACGAAUCAAUGUACAAGAAGGUAAUAGAAGCAUUGCAAAACAAGGUGGAAGACUUGAGUCUACAACUUUCAACAACGAUUAGCCCCUCGGUUGCAGAACCUCGCGAUCGCGACAAUAAUUUGGUACCCAAAUAUGAAAGGCUUUUACGUGACUAUAAAGUUCUUCAACAUCAAUUUGAAGUCGAGAAAAGCUCAAAACUUGUUUUAAUGGAUCAGAUUGAGUUUUUAGCACAUAAAAAUGAAGAGCUUGUCAAUCAGUUGGAAAGUCCCAUCACCGAUGAUUUGGAAAGUGAAGGUAAAGGCAUUGAUGAGUAUAUAAACCACGCAACGCAUACCAUGGAGGAUGGGGAUGGGGAACGUGGUGCAGAGGUCAGUGAAAAGUAUCUUACUAAUUUGAACUUGGAAGAUCAAUCGUUCCCUGGUGGAGAAUUCUCAUCAGACUCUAUUAAGGUGACGUCGCAUUUUCAGUUCCCACCUUCGCCCGACCCGCAGUCGAAAGAACAAAAGAGGCAAUCAUUACCAGCAAAUUUGAAAACACAGUCAAUCCCUGAAUCAACCGAGUUUGUCUUAUCACCGUUCAAAUUAACACCGGGACCGUCAUCCAAUUUGGAUGACAGGGAUGGAGUAUUUGAUAAUCGCGAUAGCUCGAUCGUGAAGCGCUACUCAACAACAAAACCAACACACACGAGGUACAAUAGUCAUGAUAUACUACCGAUAAAAGUUGAAUUUGAAUCGGAAUCGGAAUCGGUGAGAUUUGCGUCUAUGCCUGAAAAGGUACACAGGCAGGAUCUGGGAUUUGAUGUGAUUGAGGAGUCGUUUGAUGAAGAUUACGCUAGACUCAAUCAUAGAGAUGGAACUUUUUUCGCACUUAAUGGUAUGGAUUCAGAAGAUACCGGCUUUGAUUCAAGUAAGCGAUUGUCGUACGAUGAGUUUGACCUGUCGUCAAAACGUUCUAGUUAUCUCAAUGCCGAUAACAAAACUCGACAAGAGAUUACAAAGCUCAAAUUUGAACUUCAGUCAUUGAAACUACAUAAUGAAAAGCUAUUAUCAUAUAUUGGAUUUGAGUUGCAGAAACAGAAGAAGAAUAUCAAGAAGUUGGCCAAAAAACAGUCAGCUAAUUCUAUGAGAGCAUUAAACAAACAAAUGGAGUACUCGGAUGCAAAGCUUAUCGAAGAGUCCAAGAAUAUGCUAAUCAAUAAAAAGAGGGUCUUGAGGUCGGUGUCGAUAAAUGCCGUGUUUAAUAAAAAUGAAAAUUUUGCCACCAAUCCAGUUGGAAUUAGUUCUAUUGGUGCAACCAAUGGUGGAUUCAACACGGCUCCAGAACAGUAUGCAUACGAUAAUGAAUCCAACGAAGAACAAUCCCUGGAAUCCAAUUUUGUUAAUGAUAAAAUUGUGAAAAAGUUUGCUUCACAAAUCUUUCGCCCCAACAAUUUAUACUCUGUAAGUGAAGAUGAGGCAGAUUCUGAUUUCGAAAACGAUACUUGGGAACUAGUUGCUGAAAAUGAGGAUGAAAAUAAUCAUGAAUAUUAUGCCACGUCAUCUUCUUCUUCAGAAGAAGAAUUGAAUAUGCUUCAUAAAAUAAGGUCAUAUGUAAUGGGAACGCCAAAGGAUACCAAAUCCAAGUCGAAAAAGAAACGAAAGGAUGACUUGGUGGAUGAUAAUUUGAAAUUCAAGUUUUUAACCAUUGCCUUGGGUAUUGCCAUAAUAGGUUUAAAACUAACGCCUAAAUCGCAACAAAUGGCAAUAGGACAGUAG